GCCUACUGUUAAAAUGGAAAAUAGAAGUCGAAAUUUUGCAUGUAUUUUGAUAUUCAAAGCACAAGCUGUAUAGGUAGAAGUUCAUGAUCGACAAUUAACUACCAAGAUUGCACUCAAGAGACAGAUACAAAAUUCCUGGCGAUUAUAUGUUGUGCCACCGUCACUCAGGAAGUGAUGGCCGACCUGGAGGAGAGCAAGUACCAGAACGUGGAGCUGAGGUUGUCCGUGUACGGACGCUCCAGAGACGAGUGGAACAAGCUUGCCAAGUGGGCCGUCAAACAUCAAGUCUACUCGGACAAUGUGCGCUGGCUUGUACAAAUGCCCAGACUUUUUGAUGUCUACCACAGCAAGAAGCAGCUGUCCAACUUCCAGGAGAUGCUGGAGAACAUUUUCCUGCCUCUUUUUGAAGUCACAAUCCACCCAGGCAAACAUCCUGAGCUGCACCUCUUCCUUCAGCAUGUACUGUUGUCGGUUUUGACAGUGUGGAUGAUGAGUCCAAGCCAGAGCAGCAUAUCUUCAACCUUGACAGCCCGCUGCCGGCCAGCUGGACGGAUGAGGACAAUCCGCCCUACUCCUACUACCUCUACUAUAUGUAUGCAAACAUGACCGUUCUGAAUCACCUGCGCAGGUAUGUGGAUUGUGUUUCGAUCCAUUGGCUUCAUUCAUUUCGAUGUGCAGAGGAAAUUGUUGGAAUCAACAAAAGUCCUCUAGUUUCUAUUUAUGUAUGAUGUUACUACAACUGUACAAUGGAGAUACAAUAUAUCAUA